UGAGUCACUCCAGAUGUGCUCAAAAACAGAGUCUGUCUGUGAAAGCGGAGUCCCCCAAUUCCAGGGAGAGCUGGAUAAAGAGGUGCUGACUUCUGUCCCACCCAGGAGGGCAGGCAGGCCCUUCCUUCUAAGGAAAGGGGAAGGCGUUUCUCCAUUUCUGAGAGGGGAAGGGCAGUAAAAAAAGAUAUAUACACACUUCUUAGUCGAAUUAUAUGCUGAAACACCCACAGAUAUUGGGGUUCUGUGUGGUUUUAGAGGUGGUUUUCUCUUCUUGAAGUAAAAGAUGUGUUGGAAGACCUUAAUGCUUCUGCUGCUAUAUUACAAUGCUCAGGCUACUCUGGCCCGCAGAUGGAGCAGAGCUGUGCUCUUCCCUUCGGCUCAUCGGUCAAAGAGAUCAUCUUCAGGUCCUAUAAAUCCUGUGCUGCAGAACUCCCUAGAGGAAGUGGAGCUGCUCUAUGAGUUUCUUCUGGCUGAACUUGAGAUCAGCCAAGACCUGAGGAUCUCCAUCAAAGAUGAGGAACUCUCCUCCUUGCGGAAGGCCUCUGAUUUCAACAUCAUCUGCAAUGAAGUCAUCCCCAAGAGCAUCACAGACAUCCGCCGGCUGAGUGCCCACCUCUCUGAGCGGAUUGGAGUCCUCAAGAGAGAAGACUUUGAACGGACAGUACUAACCCUGGCCUACACGGCCUAUAGAACGGCCCUGGCCCAAGGGUUCCAGAAAGACAUAUGGGCCCAGUCUCUCCUUAGCCUCUUCCAAGCCCUGAGACACGACUUGGUGAAGUCUUCUAGUUCCAAGCACUCUCAAUGAAAGACACUUGCAUACUGAGAGGGGAGAGCAGCAACCCAGAGCUUUUUCUAGCUUGUCACCCAACAACCCAAAAGGUCUUUAUUCUCUUACCCAUUACCUUCCUCAUGGAAAGGGCCAAUUGAAGCAUGUUCUACUUGGAAAGAAAAAUAGUGAUCAGAAAAAAAGGAAAAAAAUAAGCCUAUAUUUCUUUACUCUAGACUAUUUCCAACAAAUAUGUUGGCUUUAGGUCAAGAUUCUCCAGGCCAGUAUUUUUAAAAUACCUCCAGGGAGAAAAUGGUUUACUCUCAGUGGUAGGUGGAAGACUCAGACAAGGGUCCCAACUAUUCAAGAGUAAGUACAGGCACAAGGAGACUGGACAAAUGUUGGGGAGAGGGAUCGGUCCUUCUUUGGGGCUAAUUAGCUAAAAAAACAAGAUUAAAAGUACCUCUUUUUCCAAAUUUUCAUUGGUAGGAAAUAGAUACUAGAACAAUAAACAAUAACUUAUUCUAUUGAGAUAUUUCUCAACUUCUUCCACAAAAGUCACGAAAUAUAAGUCUGACCUAGAACAAAAAUAAAGUAAAUACAGCAUAAAGGAGGGAUACAAGUGAAUUUUCCAGAUAACUAAAAGUCACCCUUCACAUGCCAAGUCUUUUAUUUUUUAACCAUUUUCUAUAGAAAUCAUUCCAAAAUGUAUUAAAUAUUUCCCUGCCUUCUUAAAUUGAGAAUAUGGAAAAUAAUUUAUAUUUUUUAUCUCUAUGGUUCAUUAUAGUUCUUUAUGAUCAUCAAUUUUUGUACUGUAUUCUGUAAUGUAAUAAUCCUGUCUGGGGGCUGUGAGGAGUGCAGGGAUAUUUGCACCUACACUAAAUGUUCCCAGACUUUGCUAAUUUUGUGUUUGGGUUUUAAAUUAUUCUGUCUCCUCCCUGACUGUCAGGCUAUCAGUUUUCACUUUUUUCCUAUUAUGUCCUUCCCUAACUUUUUUCUAACUUGCUGUGGGUCAGGAAAUCACAUAACUCACUCUGUCAGAAUUGUGUGCUGAGUAAGUCAGUCAAUUCUCUGAGUUAAGGACCUCCUUCAAGUACUCUGUAAAUAGCUAUUUUAGUAGCAAAGAGAUCCUUUUGGCUUACCUCCAAGUUCAUUGCUGUGUUCUAAAGGGUUGAAGUUGCUCCGAGACUGACCUCAAGAUAAGCAGGACAUUGAGGCCUUGAAUCUGGUUAUUUCAAGUGUGACUCUAAAGACUGUGAUUUGAUAAUGAUAAAAGUCUGGUCUGGAAUUCCAUAAAUCUUGGGAUAAAUGAAGCUUUGUAUACCCAAGCCUAAUAGCUUUUUCAGAGAAAUAUUAGUAAGUUGGUUGGCAGGAAGAAGGUACUCACUAUCAAAAAAUGCUACAUAACUCUGCUCCAACCUCCACAGCUCUGGCUCAGAAAAGCAAUGUUAAUAUCUUUCUGUCUUUGUCUCUGUCUCUGUCUCUUUCUCUGUCUCUUUUUGUCUGUCUGUCUCUGUCUCUAUCUCUGUCUCUGUCUCUGCCUGUCUCUGUCUCUGUCUCUGUCUCUCUCCCCGCCUCCCUCCACUUUCCCCUUUUCUCCUUUUCUCUGUCCCUUGUUAUACACUAUUGCACUUUCUGUUUCUCCUAGGGAAAAUGGAACAUCUCACAAGUUGACAUGCUUUCCUUCCCUUUUCUUUUUCAAUCUAUUUCCCUUUGCUUUGGGGGGUGGGUAGGGUGGGGUGGGGA